AUGACGAAACUGCAAAGAGGAGAGUCAAGAUUGGACGGGAUAAGGAGAGGAAGCAACGCAGUCAACAGGAAUGUUCCAGACAAGCAGAUGCACAGCAAAGGGUUAUCGAGGGCAGAAAAAGAGAGCAAAAAAAAAGCAGUGGUUGUGGAGGGGGACUUGAAAGGGUCUUUAUCAUCUCACGCCUCACGGCAUCCACGGGAGGGGGAAGGGGUCUGGAAGGGGGCAGCGAACAAAUAA